GGUAGAGAAUCCAGAUGAAACAAAGAAAUUAAUGACUACAACAACUGACCAGCAAAAAAUUAUUCCAAUGAAUAUAAAAGAUAAAGAAAACACAUUAGAGCUUUUAGGAAAGGAAACUGAUCAGAAAGUAGAUAUUCAGAAGGAUUUUGGAGGAAAUGAAGAAAAGAUAGAACAAAGAGUAUCAAAAAUAGAAAUUGAGCAGACAGACGUUAUUCCACGGAAUAUUAGAGACCAGAUAAAAAAAAAGAUGCAGGACUGGGAAGAGAAAGAUAAGAUGUUUGUGCCUACAAGAGCCAGUGAUUAUGUCAUGAAGAGUGUAGGGGACAAAAGUUGUGUGACUUUAACUGCCCCAUCAGGAGUAGGAAAAUCUUUUAUUAGUAGACAUACAGCGCUUGCUUUACAGAAAGAAGGGUACGAUAUAAUACCAGUGGAAUUACCAACGGAGAUAAAAACUUAUUAUCAGCCUGGCAAGAAGACAGUCUUCAUUGUAGAUGAUAUUUGUGGAAAUUUCACAGCGGACCAACAACGGAUUUAUAACUGGGAACAACUGCUACCUACGAUUAAUACUAUUAUUGCAGACAAAUGUUGUAAGAUUAUUGUAUCUUGUAGGUUACAAGUCUUUAAAGAUAACAAGUUUAAUACACUAUCACCUUUUAAAUCUUGUGAAUGCAACUUAAUAUCAGAUAAGUUAUGUCUUACGUCUGUAGAGAAAACAAACAUAGCAAAAACCUAUAUUGGUACAAGCAUGACAGAUAUUGAUGAUUUAUCUUCUAAAUGUGAUUUUUUUCCACUCUUAUGUUCCUUAUAUCACGAAAAAGAAGAUGUAGAUGUUAAAGAAUAUUUCAAAAAUCCUUUUGAUGUCCAUAAAAGUGAGCUUGACAGGUUAAGUGAGCAUGGUGAUGAAGGGAAAUAUAAAAUAUGUAGUCUUGCUUUAUGUGUUCUCUUUAAUAAUCAGCUAAAGGAAAAAUGGUUCCAGGGUAAAAUGACAGAAGAACAAGGACAGAUCAUAAAAGACACAUGUGAGGCUUGUGAGUUCAACAGUAUACCAAAGGCAAAACUAAAGAAAGCACUUGACACUCUAGAUGGUACAUUUAUCUGUAAACAGAAUGGUAUUUAUAGAACUGUACAUGAUAAACUGUUUGACUUCCUUGCUCAUUACUUUGGUCAGAAAAUGAUUGAAUGUUUAAUAGAUCAUGGUGAUAGUGGUUUAGUACGGGAACGUUUUAUUUGGCAGAAUUCAUCAGAUGACAAGAACAGUAACAUAGACUUCAUUAUUGAAAUAUCACAUGAUUAUUUAGAAUCAUAUUUAAAAAGGUUUAUAAAGGAUUGGUCAGCAGGAAAGGUGGCAAGUGUAUUCAGUAACAAUAAUAUGAAAGUACAAUCAUUCAGACAACAGUUAUUACAGUACUUACAUAAACUAGACAAAUCAGAACAAGUAACUUUAGCCAGUACCAAGGAUACAGUGAGACCAAAGGAGCACCAUGUAUCAGUCCAGCUAUUAAUGAAACAUAAACCAAACAUUAAUGCCCAGACCUAUGAUGGAGGUAAUGCUUUAUAUUUCAGUGCAUUGAAUGGAAACCUAGAGAUAACACAGUUGCUAUUAGAGAAUAAUGCUGACUGUAAUACCUGUAUCAAUAGUAAACAGUCUAUAACAGAUACAUUAAAUAACCAUCAAAGUAAAACAUUGGACGAAGAAAAACAAUUAUUAUUUGAUAGCCUGAUAAAGAAUUCAUCAUCACACGUAACAGAUGAUGUCAGUAAGAAGUCAGUAGAUUAUGCCUUUGAUGUAGUAGCUGGUUCUUCUCCAUUUCACAUAGCCUGUUUUACGGGUAGGCUUGAUGUAGUUCAGUGUCUUUUGGACCACAAUGCUAACAUUAACAUGACAAAAGAAGAUGGAACAACACCAUUAUUUUUUGCAUGUGAAGUAGGACAUGAGAAUAUUGUAUGUUUAUUAUUAGAUAAAGGAGCAAAGACCGAGAUAUGUAGACUUGAUGGGAAAUCCCCUUUAAACAUUGCAGCAGAUAAUGGACAUACAUCUAUAGUAAUGAUUGUAACAGAACACAUGAGGAAGGAAGAAACACUUCUUAACUCUUGUUCGUUAGUCAACAGUUAA